AUGGCAUUUAUUGGUUCACAGUGUACUAAGAGUGUUCUUACAUCCUCAUCUGGCCAGUGGACGACUAGAGAUUACGUUUCAGGCACCAGUUGCUAUAGGCUAGCAUGGGCAUGCAGGGAACAAAGUUGCCGAAUUAAGUCCGAACAAAAGCCGCAGCCAGCUAUUAGAUAG